CGUUCGUCUUUAUUUUUAUUUUUUUACCGAGGCGUGUUGCACUCCAGUUUUGCACUACAAACAUGCAGACGCGUUAAUAUUAGCCCCUCAUUGCCUAUUUUUAAUGCGUGCGUUUAUAUUAUUAUUAUUAUUGUUGUUAUUAUAAUUUUUCUCUUCAUGGUAUAACUUGCACUUUUUAUCCUGGGAAUACCUGAAAUUAACAACUCUUGGAGAACUCUUUUUAAAGACAAGGGCUGAAUCUAAAAGACGUUUAAAUCUGGCAGCCACUGGGCUGGAUGGUCUCAGCACUGGAAUCUCGGCUGACCAGCAGCUCUCCGGUCGUGGGGGCCAUGCAUGUCUGCAGAAGGCACUGGGCUCCCACGUGAAGCUGUGAGCCCCCCAUCACUGCACCAGCUUUGAGGAUGGCAGCUGCUCUGGUAUAUAAAUCCAGCUGGUGGUGGUAGCUUGGGAAAAUACCUCCUUUUUAUUAACGGAAACCCAGAUCAACAGCAACUCAAAUUCAGGAGGCGCUGCAAACAAAACAAAAGGACACUAUUGCGGAGCAAUUGGCGACUAACUCCGGGACCAUGAAAAAAUUUAAGGCGCCUCUUUCGGAAAGCGGGCGGGACAUUUACGAGUUUUCUGCGGAGGGGGGUGAUCCGAGGAUCUUUCUGGGAGGGGGCAGGGUGGUUUCAGAUUGCGACCGGACCGGGUUCGAUCAGCCGGGGCAUUCGGUGAUCCACCCCAGCAGGAGUCCCGCCCUCGUCCCGUCGCUGGAUCUGGCGGACUCGCAGAAGAAGAAACGCAAGCGAUGCGGGGUCUGCGUGCCCUGCCUGCGUCGGGAGAAUUGCGGCAGCUGCAACAGCUGCCUCAACCGCAAGACGGGCCACCAGAUCUGCAAGCUGCGGAAAUGCGACGCACUGAAGAAGAAAUCGACAGGUUCAGGGGUCAGUUCAGUGGAUGGCCCCAGAACUGGCCAAAUGGAAGGGGGGCCAAUCGAGCAUGAGGAGGAAAGCAGGCUGAGACUGGGGGAGCGUCCCGGCCUGGGGAGGGGAGCCUGCGGGAGGGACGAGGAACAAGAAGAGGGAGGGGGGGAGCAGCAUGGGGAUGAAGGAGGAGGAGAAGGAGAGGGAGGAGGAGGAGAGGGACAGUUCUCCGAAACCGAUAGAGAAAGGGAGGGAAACCGGAUGGGGGGCUGCUCUGAAAAAACAACGACACACAACGACGUGGAUAUGGAAGACGCUAGGACCCUGGUAGCCUUUUCCGCCUCCGCUGUGUCCAUGCCAACGCCUUUUGGCAGAGGGAGAGGCAUGCCGGGGACUGAGUUACUGCAGACCACGGAGCUGUACAAGCAAUUCAACAUGGAGAUGGCCGCCGAGAGCAGCAGCCUGUCCGAGGCUGGCGGGGGUAAGGGGAGCGUCGGGGGCUCGGACGGCCAGGGGGAAGAGGACUUAAGCAUGCUGCAGAACGCCCUGAGUCUGGCCAGACACGGGAAAAAGCCACCCAACUGCAACUGUGACGGCCCGGAGUGCCCCGACUAUCUGGAGUGGCUGGAGAAGAAAAUCAAGAUGGCCAUCGGGACUGAGCAGAAGUGCGGGACUGUCGAUCAGCGCGAUUGUACGCCUUCGAAACCCGUCAACGGUGCUUUCCCUGCCCCCCACCGAGCCCCGAGCCCCGCAACGGAAAUGCAAGCAGAGGGACGGGAAAAUCGUGCCGGAACGCCUUCGACGGCGGCUCAUUUCUCCCCCUAUUCCCAAAACGCCAUUUCCAUCGCCAAGGAGAGGAACGUCAGCUUGCAGACGGCCAUCGCUAUCGAGGCCCUCACCCAGCUGUCCUCCAUCCCCCCCCAGCCCUUCGUAUCGGCUGGGGAGUCGGCAACAGCCAACCCCUCGCUAUAUCACCCCAAUCCUUUCCUGAGUCACCCCAAUCACCACCUGCCCCAACUUCAGCACCACGACAGCGGUAGCGGCUCACAACCUUCUUUGCAAGCCUCUUGUGGUGGCCCCAAAGACCAGGGAGCACUUGUGGGAGCCACAGACUCCUCGUCAUCCUUAUCAUCAUCUCUAGCAUCUCCGGUCAGUGUGUCGCACUUUGAUCCCCCUAAUCACUCACACUGGGAAAACCAACAGGCCUUGCAGAUGCAACUGGAGAGCAGUAGGAACAACGGCAGUCAUGACAGUUUUCCAUCUUCUUCCCAGGUGUUCCCGAGCCAGAUCGCUCCAGCUUCCCAUUUCGAAAGGCAGCAGAGGCAGGACCAGCAGGAGCAGCCUGCUCGGGAGCCCUUGCCCAAUUCCGUCAGUCAACAACCAGCCAACCAGCCUUCCCAGAACCCAUCCCCAGCCACGUUCUCCAGACCCGGACACAGCCCAAACCCUGCUCUGCUGGAAAGCCCCAACUUUACCAAGCCGGGCCGAGCGGCCAAUCCCUGGAGGACGUUGAACCGCAAUCAGAGCUCCCCAUCCCUGUUAAGUGACCCCAUGACGGAGCUCCACCAGUUGCUGGGAGACACCAACAACAAAUACAUGCCAUCUGUGUUUAAAAUCCCCGAAGUGUUGCAGCAGCAUCCGCAGCAUCUCAAAGACAAAGGGUUGUUGGCUGCCUCCAAGAUUAAAAACGAGGUUGUGGAUCCUGCUUUCUCCUCCAGUGAGAGGAAUUACGGUCUGGUCAAUGGUCAAGCCAUGAAUCAUUUUCCUCACCAGCACUCUGAGGCUGUGAGCCUGCGCUACAAGACCCAGGCCGCACUACAGCAGCACUUGCAUCACAAGAGGAACCUCUUCCAGGAACACAGCCCCAACCCUGCCGCCUUGCCAUCCAACUUCCGGGACCUUCAGCAGAGCUGGUUCACCCACGGAGGGCAUCUCCCCCCGGUGCCCGUCAAGCAGGAAGUCAAAGAGAAAAAGACCAAGAAGGUCAGCUCGUCUCCGUCCCAAAAGCUCCCCUUGGGCGCGAACCAGCAGUCCCCUCUGCCCAAACCCAAACAGAUCGUCAUCAGGAAGACCAAGCAGAAAGCCUCCCUCCCAACCUUCCUCCCACAAGCGCAGAUCAACCUGGAUCUGCUCCGGCAGAAAGCCCAGGAGGAAAACCGGCAAGCCGCCUUGGCGUUGGCAGCUAUGGCAGGGGCAGAAAGCCGCUACCUGACCCCCGACCAGCUUUCGGGCAACAGAUACCCAGGGCAGCCUGCGCAGCACCCACUGAAUGCCCAGCUUGCACUGCCCAACACUCAGGAACUGAUCGCUCACAGUGCUGCAACGUCGACUACUUCCCCAGCCUACCACCCUGCUCUAGGACAAGCUGACUUCCCAGGGAGCGGCCCCAUUCCGCCUCCCCCUAACUUCACUCCUCCACCAGCCUCCACUUCCUCCACCCUGCCUCCAACCUCCACUGAUUUUGUGGAGAACAUCGGGGGUCAAUUUGGUUUAGGGUCAGAUGAACAAUGCAAGGCUUCGGAUCCCAGGGCGAGCUCCUCAGGCCAGGAACCCGAUCCAGGUCAGCCCAGCAAGAGAGGUCCCCUUGCCCCAGCUCUCCAGGGCAUUCACAGCCUUGAGGACAAGUUCGAGGACCUCAUCCGGCAGUUCGAGGCUGAGUUCGGAGGGGACAGCGCUCAGCAAGAGCAGCAGCAGGAUUCUAACUCAGGACAUCCCAAACUGGAACUGACCUCCUCAACUCCUCAGCCUUCUGCAAACGGUGCUCCUGGUCAGGACGUCGACCUCCGAACCCCCAGCUUCAUUUCCGAUUUUGACCCUACCACCUCGUUGUCAUCAUCUCAGUCUCAGGGAGUAUCGGAAGCCCCGUCUCUGCCCCUCCAAUCUGCCUCCCCCUCACGGGACUCUGUCCUGCAGCAGCAGCAGCAUCGGGUGCUGGAGAACCCUUUCACGCUGCCCUUCUCCUCUCCCUGCUCCCCGAAGAAGAUCAAGAUUGAGUCUUCUGGUGCUAUCACAGUUUUGUCCACCACAGCUUGCUUCAGCACAGACGACGGGCUGGGACAAGGGGAGACCCCCUCCAAGGGUGAGCCCCCCUUCACCCCCUCGAUCAGCGGCUUCCUGGAGUCCCCCCUACGCUACCUGGACACCCCCACAAAGAGCCUCCUGGACACCCCCAUCAAGGCGCUGGCAGAAUUCCCCACCUGUGACUGUGUCGAAUCCUUCACUACCCCCCUCAAAGAACAAAUCGUGGAGAAGGACGAGGGGCCAUACUACACCCACCUGGGCUCCGGGCCGACCGUCGCCUCCAUUCGAGAGCUCAUGGAAGACAGGUAUGGAGAGAAGGGGGAGGCUGUCCGCAUUGAGAAGGUGCUCUACACUGGCAAGGAGGGCAAGAGCUCACAGGGAUGCCCCAUCGCUAAGUGGGUGAUCCGCAGGGCGAGCGAGACGGAGAAGCUGCUGUGUCUGGUGCGUCACCGGACGGGGCAUCGCUGUGCCAACGCCUUCAUCGUCAUCCUCAUCCUGGCCUGGGAGGGGGUCCCGCGGGGGCUGGGGGACGCGCUGUACCGAGAGCUCUCCGAGACCCUCACCAAGAUGGGCAACCCCACGAGCCGCCGCUGCGGACUGAAUGACGAUCGCACCUGUGCCUGCCAAGGGAAGGAUCCUGACUCCUGCGGAGCCUCCUUCUCGUUCGGCUGCUCCUGGAGCAUGUACUUCAACGGCUGCAAGUACGCCCGCAGCAAGACUCCGCGCAAGUUCAGACUGCACGGGGACAAUCCCAAAGAGGAGGAGAAUCUGAGAGACAGUUUCCAGGAACUGGCGACGGAACUGGCCCCCCUGUACAAGCAGCUGGCCCCCCAGGCCUACACCAACCAGGUCUCGACGGAGCAGUCUGCCCCGGAUUGUCGGCUGGGUUUGAAGGAGGGACGCCCGUUUUCCGGAGUGACGGCCUGCAUGGAUUUCUGUGCUCACGCUCACAAGGACCAGCACAACCUCUACAACGGCUGCACGGUGGUGUGCACUCUCACGAAGGAAGACAACCGCUUCGUGGGUAAGAUUGCGGAGGACGAGCAGCUCCACGUGCUGCCGCUCUACAAGGUCUCCCUCACGGAUGAGUUCGGCAGUGAGGAGGGGCAGCAGCGCAAGAUGACAUCCGGAGCCAUCCAGGUCCUCUCCAACUUCCGGCGCGAGGUGCGCAAGCUCCCGGAGCCCGCCAAGUCGUGCCGGCAACGCAGGCUGGACGCCAAGAAAUCCGCUUCGGAGAAGAAGAAGAACCAGAAGGAGAAGCAGACGCUGGAGAUCCCCGAGAAGAUCAUCAAGAGCGAGAUCAACGAGACGGGCAGGACGCAGAACCAGCAGCCCAACAAAGGCAUCCCCAAACAGGAGGUGAAGCCCACCAUCAAGAUGGAGCACAAAGAUCGGUUUGAGGGCUUCAACAGGAACUGCAACCCUGCCCUGGACGGCUACUCCGUCCUGGGAGGCUGCCGACCAGCGGACGCCUACGCCAUGAACAGCGGCUACCCCUCCUACCCUUCGUACUAUGCAAGGUCCAGCCUGCCUCCCCCAGCCCUGCCACCUCCACGCCCCGCAGUGAUCAACGGCUUUCACCCCAAGUUCCCGCAGCCCUAUGGAUAUUACAACUACCAGGCGAACCACAUCUUCCCGUCGCAGUUUCUGGGCUACGAGGCCAGGAUUGGUGCUUGCUGGCCCGCUGCAGGUGCCAGCGGCUAUGAAAAUAAGCCGGACGUCCGCACCCUGCAGUCCAGCCUGAACCACGCCUAUCCCGAGUUCUCCGAGCCGGCUUACCCUCCCUCUGUGCGGGGCUCUCCCGAAUUCUCUACUCCUCACCGGACUAGUCAGAUCCAAGGGGAUGCCCGGAGUUUCCCAGGCCCACUGACGAGGGUCAUCAAGCAGGAGCCAGUGGAUCACACGCCUUAUCCCGACUGCGGCGGCAUUCCCAGCCUUCCCAGCACGGACGUGGGCGGAAUUCCAGGGUCCAGUCCGGCCGCGCAACACGAACAGUGGCCGGGAUACAAAGUGAACGGGAAUCUGGCCCCGGAGAGGUCGUGGAAUAAUGGCAGUGCUAAGUUCCAGGAGAACGCAAGGUCGUGGGAUUCCUCUUCUCUUAUCCGAGCCAGCCCCGGGCUAACAGAGACGCGGGUGGGUGUGGAGAAACAGCAGCAGCAACACUGGAACAAAAUGAACCACCACAGCCUUGCCUCCCCUUCCCAGUCCCCCUCUCCAUCUCCCUCCCCCCACCACACGAACCCUGCAGGGGGGAAUCCCUAUGGCUUCAAACCCAACGAGAACUCCAGCACCCCCUCCCCCAGCCUGCAAGGGAAACCUUGGAGCCAAGUGGGGUACAAUCACGGCAACAGCGACCCAGGGAACGGCGUCGGUAGCCAAAAGAGGCCGGCCUCCGGGGGCUACCCUGACAAGAUGUGGGAGAACCAGGGUCCGACUCCGGUCGGUCUCCACGAGAAGGCCUGGAAGUCUUAUGGGGGCUCGGCCGCCGCUGGGGCUGCUCCCAAUUUGGGGCACAGUUUAGCCACCACCCCAAUCCCCACUCCGGAGGGCAAGCUGUACCCCAACCCCUUCCGGGCAAGCGGGGAAGAAGCCUCAGCCAGCAAGAUGUUCUGGGACCCAUAUGAGAAAGAGGAGAGCGUGAAGGAGGAGGAGGAGAGGAGGAGGGAGCCUGAAGAGGAGUGGUCCGACAGCGAGCACAACUUCCUGGACCCCAACAUCGGGGGUGUGGCGGUGGCCCCGGCACACGGCUCCGUCCUGAUCGAGUGCGCCCGGCGGGAGCUCCACGCCACCACCCCUCUCAAGAAGCCAGACCGCAGCCACCCAGCCCGCAUCUCCCUGGUCUUCUACCAGCACAAGAACCUCAAUCAGCCCUGCCACGGGACGGCCCUGUGGGAGGCCAAGAUGAAGGUGCUGGCAGAGCGUGCCAGGCAGAGGCAGGAGGAGGCCGCCCGGCUCGGGAUCCCCCAGGAGGACAUCAAGGCCUACGUGAAAAAGAGGAAGUGGGGGGCCAGCAACGCCGCUAGCCCGGCCCCCGAAGCACUGCCGAGAGACAAGAAGGAUUUCCCGCCUACGCGACACGGGAUAAGCCUCAACACCAACUCUCAGAUCACGGUCUCCUCAUACGCUUACACGCAGGUCACGGGUCCCUACAGCCGCUGGAUCUGAGAGAUUCUGCCGUGGACCUUACCAUCGUUCUGUCUUUUCUUUUUUUUUUGUGUUUUUUUUUUUACCUCAAAUUCAACAGCAGCUCCUUCUUGCGGGUCGUUCUGGCUGUUCUUGGUGCUUUCCUCUUCUCAGACAGAGGAGGAUUUAUACUUGUGUCGUUAUUUGUUCUUUUGUGUUUGGGAGCGUGAGAUUUUUCGAUCCUCCUCUCUCUCAUCCUCAGACAACCGAGGCUGGUUUUCAAGG